AUGAAUAAUUCAACAAAACUUUUGAUGGAAACAAAGAAGAAGAGGAAGGCCGAGGGAAAGUAUCGGCCAAAAGUGGAUAAUACAGCUGGAAUUUGGCAAAUGAAGAAUAAACAGGUUGGUGAUCAAUCCUGUCCAAAACCUCCAAUGGUCCAUUCCUUCGGUUGUCCUUGUGCAAAACAAAAUAAAAAUGUUGAUCACUCCUCCUCUCUUGCAAAUUUGGUAAGUUCAUCCAUUCCAGCUUUCUUCAACAGAAAUGGUGAAGAGCUUUAUCAUAAUAGGUUUUGUCAUAAGCCUGUGUUACUAGACCGUGGUACUCAGUUGGAUAAGAUGACAGAUGUGGACUGUGCUAUUAUUUUUUAUUUUCGACAUUGGAAUUCUAUAGUUCAAAUAGAUAAGAACGAUAAAGCAUAUGAUGAAUUUGUGAGGAUAUUUUAUGCAAAUAUGCAUGAUGUUGAGAAUGAAGAUUUGAAAUUUAAAUCUUAUAUGAGGAAUGUACGUUUUCAAGUGAACUUGGAUUUGAUUUCAAAGAUAUUGAAUGUUGUCUCACCUUUUGUUGUUGAAAAUACUUUGACAUACCCAUUCAAGAAUCUCAGUGAUCAACCUGCCCUCGCGGAUGUUGCAACAGAACUUUAUGAUAGACCUUUUAAUCUGAAGAUAGAGACAUUUUAUCAAAGAUAUCUCACUAACACUUAUAGGAUUUUAAACCGUAUAGUGGGAUGUAAUAUUAAUCAGAGAGGACAUAGUGCUAAUUUUGGACUUGAUAGAGCUCAUCUACUCUAUGCCAUUAGGAAGGGGAUAACUAUAGAUCUCCCUCAUCUAAUAUUUAAUGAAAUUGUUUCCACGUUUGACGUUGGAGAUAGGCAAAAAAGUCUCCCAUUCCCCAUCUUAAUUUCAAAGAUCAUGAUGCAUUAUGGAGUUGUUAUUCACCCAACCGACAGUUAUAAGUCCCCUAUGAGUCCAUUUGAUGAAUACACAUUAAAAAAGAGUUUGAGGCAAACCGAGUCAUAUAAUCUAGAUGAUUAUAAUCCCGGGGCAAGUACUUCAGGUUCAGGGGAUAUUGUACAAAUGCUUAAACAGAUUUUGGUAAAUCAAGAGGAGAUGCAGCAAGAAAUGAAGGAGUCUUUGGAGCAGCUACGUGAAGACACAAAAGAGUCUCUCAAGCAGCUUCGUGAUGACACCAAGGAGUCUCUCAGGCUGCUCUGGGAAGACACGAAAGAGUCAUUGAAAGAGUUGGAGAAUAAAUUAUAA